AUGCAUACAUAUUUAACAAUCAUUUCUUUUAUUUUAUUUAUCUAUGUAAUAUCAGGUAGACCAAAUUUAUUAUCAUCAUCUGAAGAUGAUAGUAAUGAAAUACAAUUACCAACCAAUCUUCGUAAUUUGAAUCGACUUUUAUUUAUAUCUCGUUUACGUACAUUUUUAAAUGAUAAUAAUGAAGAUAAAGAAACUAUUGUUCGACAUAAAUCGGAUGAUGAUGAUCAACAAACAAAACCUGAAAUAAUCGAUGAUAAAUCAAGUUCAGAAGAUGAUACAAAUGAAAUCGAUCAUAAAAAUGUGCCAGUGAAGAAUAUCAAAGAAGAAGUACAUUCUGUGAAAGACAAAAAUGCAAAAGACAUUGAUUGA